AUGGCCUGGACUCCUCUCCUCCUCGUGCUCCUCUCCCACUGCACAGGUUCCCUGUCCCAGCCUGUGCUGACUCAGCCGCCCUCCGUCUCUGCAUCUCUUGGAUCCACAGCCAGACUCACCUGCACCCUCAGCAGUGGCAUCAGUGUUGGCAGCUACUACAUACACUGGUACCAGCAGAAGCCAAGGAGCCCUCCCCGGUUUCUCCUGUGGUAUAACUCAGACUCAGAUAAGCACCAGGGCUCCGGGGUCCCCAGCCGCUUCUCUGGAUCCACAGACACCUCGGCCAAUGCAGGGCUUCUGCUCAUCUCUGGGCUGCAGCCUGAGGACGACGCUGACUAUUACUGUAUGAUUGGGCACAAUAAUGCUCCUCACAGUGACACACACAGAUGGGGAAGUGGGACAAAAACCUCAAACUCAAUUGUUGUGUUGGUUCACAAUGAAUGAACAUUUUAAACUAACUUUUGUAUGCAAACUAUACUUGGAAGUACCUUCGGGUUUAUAAUGGGUCUAUUUUCAAUUUUUCAUUCCAUGUUUCUGAAGUCUCAGAAAAACAGAACCAAUACAAAAAUGAACUGGCCUUAUGUCACUGCAUAGGAGCCUGUUUUCCAUGGGUAAUAAAACCAGAUCAUGUGGGACUGCUGUGUUUCUCUUGAAAUAAGGAAACAGCUUUUUUUUUUCAGAGCCCCAGGACCAUCCCAGCAGGUGGCCCAUCCUCCACAGCACAGACUCUGCUCUUCCAGAGGUCAGAACAGUGCCCUUCUCCUUCCUGCCAAGCUACUGUGCUCCGGGCUGGCAGAGAAGCACGUGCACCCCUGAUGAGGCGCUGAGCUGGGAGGUCCUGGGUGGAGACUCAGGCCCCAGAGGAAUUCCAGACGCAGAGCUGGCCUGUAACCUCUGCUGGGAUGCUGAGCCUACAGUUGAACAAAGGGCUGGUGGACACUUCACCAGAGACCAGUAGGGGGCACUGUUGGGCUGGUCCUGCCAGGGCAGGGCUCAGGAAAAAGCCCUCACAGAAAAUGCUCGGCUGGCAUUUCAUACUUGGACUAAGAGUGUCCUUCCUGGAGU